AUGGCUCGGUUCCUUGGUCUUCGAGGCACUUCGUUGGCGACAGCUAUCAGUGCGACGUGCGGAUUGUGCUUCUUAUGUUUUGGGUAUGCGCAGGGUGUAAUGGGUGGCCUUUUGACGGUGCCAGUGUUCUUGGAGAAGUUCCCACAGGUUGAUCUUCUUACUGAUUCUUCGUUUAAAAAUGCUUGGGUCACUGGUCUCACUGUCGGGGCUUGGAAUCUUGGAUGCAUCAUCUCCGCCAUACUUGCAAUCUUCAUUGGUGAUCUUCUUGGACGUCGACGCACACUAAUACUUGGUCUAUCGCUUUGGAUCGUGGGAGAGAUUAUUCAAACAGCAUCAGACAGCUUUCCACAGUUCGUCGUUGGACGUGCCGUCGCAGGUUUCGGUAAUGGCUUCACUACCUCCACUGCCCCUGCAUACCAGGCAGAAUGCGUCAAGUCACACCGAAAAGGCACUAUCCUUAUGAUCAGUGCGGGAGCAUUCGUCUCUGCCGGCUACGCUCUUUCAUACUGGUUGACAUUCGCCUUCGCAUACCUCAGCACCUCAUCAGCAGCAUGGCGCGUACCGAUCGCUUUCCAAAUCCUCUUCGCUCUACCAGCCAUUUCGAUGCUAGUCGUCCUACCAGAAUCACCCCGAUGGCUAAUUCUGACCGGACGCGAACAAGAAGCACUCACUGUGCUCGCAGCACUGAACGACGGCGAAGCAGACGACUUCGCGACAAGGGACGAGUUUUUGCAGAUCAAAGACGCCAUAUUGAUCAUGACGCAGGGCUCAACAGCGAGUUUAUUUUCGAAUGAAGAGCGCAGAGGUUUCCAUCGUGUGGUGCUGGCCUACUUUGUGCAAAUCUUCCAGCAAGGAACGGGUGUCAACCUUGUUCUUCAAUACCUGUCUUGGAUCUUCUUAACGCGGAUGAGCUACUCGGGCUGGCUCGCUCGACUACUCGCCAGCUGUUCUGCAACAUUGUACUUCCUUGCCUCGUUCAUUGCCGUUGUGGGUAUUGAUCGGCUUUGGGGCCGACGCUCGCUGAUGAUGUUUGGGUCGGCAGGUAUGUCUGGGUGCAUGGUGCUUUUGACAAUCUUGCAGUAUCUAUGGUGGGAGCACGAUGUCAAUGCUGCUAGGAUCACUGGAACUGUGGCUCUCUUCGGCUUUUCGGUCUUUUUUGCUAUCGGAUGGCAAGGUAUGGCUUGGUUGUACCAGGUUGAGAUCGUGCCACUGAGAAUCCGUGGCCCAGCCAAUGGAAUCAGUACCAGUGCUAACUGGAUUCUCAACUUUGUCAUUGUCUUCAUUACACCAAUCGCCUUCCAACGCAUAUCUUGGCGCACAUGGAUCAUCUUCGCCGUCACCAAUGCCGCCAUCAUUCCCCUCAUCUACUUCUUCUACCCGGAAACCGCAUGUCGCUCCCUAGAAGAAGUCGACGUCAUUUUCCAGCUUGCCAACGAAGAGCCCGGAAACCCUUGGACGAACGUCGUCCACAUCAGUCAAAACGAGCCGCUCUGGUUUGGUAAGCGUGGCGAGAAUCGCAAAAACUUCAACUAUGCAGCGAGCAGUUGGCACAAGCGCUUCACAAACAGCAGUGCUAGCAGCAGCGGCAACGAAAGGCACAGCUACACCAGCACACAUACACAUCGUGCGCCCCAAAUUUCACUAGACCAAGAGCCAGACCCAGAAACCUUCAUCACCCCAACAUACCAAGAACCCCCUAUAGAUCCCCGUCGUAUCAGCUCACCACCACUCUCCCCGACAACAACCGCCUCAACAGCAAUCCACUCCCAAACAAGCAUGCACACCAACCCACGCAAAACAAACAGCGAGGCCAAUCUCUUCGGCCUGGGCUCAGCAGCACCCACAGUACCUACCCUACCACCCAACAGACACAGCAGAGAAAGCGAAGACAGUAUUCACAGCGUAAACCCCGAAUGGUGGACCGAUGAUCUCGCGCCCAAACCCCUCUCCUUGCGCUCCCGAGUCUCCUCGCGAAACCAAUCGCACCAGAUACAAUGGCAUUCGCGCUCACAGAUCCAGCAAGGUUCUCGUCCAGAUACAGCGGAGAGUUGCAACGGCUUGGCUGGGGAUAAUGGUGGUGGUGGCACUGGUGUUGGGGAGGAGGGGAGGGCGCGGGAUGUGAGGUGGAGGGAGAGUGUGUGGAGUAUGGAUUCGCUGGAUGGGGUGUAA